UUUUUUGCUACACGUAUUCUACUUCACACCACACAACCAACUCUAAUUCACAUCCACACACCUUAGACAUUGGAGGUCUUCUCCGUCAACGUUUCUCCCUCCCUCGCUCAUCUCUCCCUAAACCACCAUCGCUUCUCAUCUCUCCUUCCUUUGAUUUGCUCAAAGAUGGCCUACGCUGCUCUGUCUUCACUUGCCCAAACAACACACCAAAUCCUCAAUCACGAUCAAUACCUCAUCUCCCACGAUGAAAAACAACAAGUCACACUGCUCCGUGGAAAAGUUAUUUUCUUGCGAGAAGCUUUCCACAAGUUUCCAAAGCAAGCCAGCAGCUUGGAAGCAAGAAUCAGGGGCUCCGCCAACCAGGCAGAGGAUAUCAUCGAGCAUUUCAUGUACGACCAAAUUUGGAAUCAUUAUUAUUCGACUACAAACAACCCUCAUCAUCUUCAUAAUGACCUAGAAAAGGCGAUGGAGGAAAUCAACUCGAUUUCUCGAGAGGCAGAGGACUUCACAACAGAAGACUCGGCGGCGCUUGGUGAUGAUGAUAGCCCUACUGUGAGGAUUUCAUCGUCAAUGCAGCAGCUCUCCGGCGGCAUCACGGUCGGUCUUGACGAGGAUCUGCUAAAAAUCGUCGAUUCGCUCAACGGAGGAUCAUCCAACCGCCAGAUCAUCCCAAUCGUGGGGAUGGGAGGAAUCGGGAAGACAACACUGGCUCAGAAGGUUUAUCACCAUCCGAAGAUCACGGAGACUUUCGAGAUUCGUGCUUGGGUCACAGUAUCACAAGAUUACAAGGCCCAAAAUAUCUAUUCGGAUCUCUUAGCUUGCUUUGAAGAAGUCGGCAUUGAAAGAUUUGAACAGAGCAAUGAGUGUUUGGAGGUAAAAGUCCACAAAAUCUUGAAGGGAAGGAAGUACCUCAUCGUAUUGGAUGAUAUGUGGAGUCAAAACGCUUGGGAUGAUGUUAACAUUUAUUUUCCUGAUGACGGUAAUGGGAGUCGAAUUGUGAUAACCACGAGGUUAGUGGAUGUGGCUUCUUACUCUAGCAGUCAUCUUCAUCAGAUGCGUUUCAUGGAUCAGCAUCAAAGCUGGGAUCUGCUCAAGAAGAAGGUGUUUCCGAGCAAAGAUUGUCCAUCUCAUUUGGAGGAGAUUGGAGUGGAGAUUGCCAGAAGGAGCGGAGGAUUGCCCCUUGCAAUUGUGCUAGUUGCAGGUAUGUUGUCCGCAGUGAGUGAGACUGAAUUCUCAUGGAAACAAGUUGCAGAGAAGGUAGGCUCAGCUGGGGAGUUGGAGAAGAUAAUAUCUUUGAGUUACACCAACUUGCCUCAUCAUUUGAGGUCAUGCUUCCUGUACGUGGCAGCCUUCCCCGAAGAUUACGAGAUUCGUGCCUCAAAGCUCAUCAAAUUGUGGAGUUCUGAAGGAUUUGUGGAACCAAGAGCCGGUAGAAGCUUGGAAGAGUGGGCCAUUGAGUAUUUGGAAGAUCUUGUCAAGAGAAGUCUAGUUUUGGUGAAAGAGAGGAAGUCUGAUGGCAAAAUCAAAAAAUGCAGCGUGCAUGAUCUGGUACGUGAGAUCUGCAGAAGAAGAGCUGAGGAAGAAAAUAUUCAGCACCGCGUGAGUAUUGCUCAUCCUGAUCUAUUUCUCCUUGCAAGAACUUAUUGUUCAACUCUCCGCUCUGUUAUAUGCUUUCAACUAAUUAGUGCAAGUUCGUUAGACGCCCUACGAGUGUUUAAAUUGUUGAGGGUGUUGGAUGUGGUGGAUGAUUGUAAUGAGCACCCGUUGCCGGCUCAAGUAUUUGACCUGUUUCACUUGAGGUACCUUGCUUUCGCGUGUCCAAAUGAGAUUCCAGCAGCCAUAUCUAGGCUUCGGAAUCUCCGGACAUUGAUCAUCUGUCCGAGGAUCAGAUUAAGGCGCUACAUAGAGGAUGUGGUAUAUUUACCAUUAGAGAUAUGGACGAUGCCACUAUUGACUCAUCUUGUUUCCUAUUAUAGUCUUCUGCCUGAUCCAGGAGUGACUUCUCCUCUGAAUAGACUGCUGGAGCUUUCGGUAGGAAGAAGGUUCGUAUGUACCAAAGAGAUUACAGAAAUGAUUCCCAAUGUGAGAAAGCUGGGAAUCACUUAUUUUGGAGGCAAAUUCAGAGAAAACUACCAGCUCUACAAUCUUGUCUUUCUGCAUCAUCUUGAAAAGCUGAAACUAGUUAUGGAGGAUGGUUAUGUUAUCCCGCGUAAUGUUCGGCCUGUUUUUCCAGAGUCGCUGAGAAAGUUAACCUUGAAUGGAUGGCGAUUUCCAUGGAAAUACAUGGAAACUAUUGGCUCCCUGCCUAAUCUUCAAGUGCUCAAAUUGAGAAAUGGUGCCUGCAGAGGCCGUACAUGGGAAACUAAGGAAGACCAGUUUCCUAGUCUGGAGUUUUUGGAGAUUAAUAAAUGUAAUUUGAAGAAUUGGGUUACUCAAGGGAGCCAUUUCCCAAGACUCAAGUGCCUUGUGCUUUUUGAUUGUUCUCGCUUGAGCAAGAUACCAAGUGACAUUGGACAUAUACCAACACUUGAAUUGAUUGAUGUUUAUUCUGUUCACAAAUCUCUUGUAAAGUGUGUGAAACGGAUCCAAGAGGAACAACGUGAAUGCGGAAACGAUGCCCUUCAAGUUCAUUGCACGCGUUAUCGGGAUUGGAAGAAUCUGAUGGGAAGGGUUACAGUUACAGCACCAGCAACAAUAGCAUUAAUUGCGUUCAUCCAGGAUUUAAUAGUGGAGCGGGCUGAAAAUUAAAUACUUCAACACGUUAAAUUUUCAAAAUAACAAAAUAUUUCGAUGUUCACAUAAGUUGUGCCCUGUGAGACUUCAAUACAUAAAAUUUAGGGUUAAUAGUAUUUUAUGUCCCGAACUUUCAACGUUUUCCACAAAAUGUCCCGAACUUUCAUUUUCUCCUAAAAAACCCUGAACUUUCAGUUUUUUCCAUAAAAUGUCCUGCUAUACAAAAUUCGAUGACAAAAAGAUGAAUUAUUGUCCCCUUGGGAUGGCCUAGUGGUUGGGGUGGUUGCCUGUUGUCCAAGAGAUCACAGGUUCGAAUACUCUCGGCCACAAUAACCACUAGGUGGGGUGUGUGUGUGGUUUGUAUUAUUUAUAAUGCAAUUUCAUCAAAAAAAAAAAAAGAUGAAUUAUCUCGCUGGAAGAAAUAUUUUGGGGACCACUAUUGUUGAAAAACCAUACUGAGAACCACCAUUGUUGGAAAACGGUGAAAGUUCGGGAUUUUUUUAUCAUCUUUCCGUCAUCGAAUUUUGUAUAGCAGGACAUUUUAUGGAAAAAACUGAAAGUUCGGGGUUUUUUAGGAGAAAAUGAAAGUUCGGGACAUUUUGUGGAAAACGCUGAAAGUUCGGGACAUAAAACACUAUUAACCCUAAAAUUUAUCAAUAACUUAGUCUAUAUGUAUAUCUUUAACAAAGUCUCUCUCAAUAUAUUAUAUAAAGCAUUAGCGAAUCUUCAAGUAAAUCAUCCCCCAUCUUGUUACGAAGUGCCGUUUUCACAUGCUUCAUUGAAGAAAAUGUUGUUCAGUUGUAGCAGUAGAAACAUGCAAUGUCAAAAUAAGAUGUAUUAAGCAUAUAGUAUGUGGUGAUGUAGCUGCAGAACCAACAUGAGUAAGAAAUGCACAUUUAUUUCCUUGAUUUAUUCUUUUCCAAUUGUCA